AUGGCGCUCCCGGUGGAGAUCCAGCUCCGCAUUUUUGAAGAGGUGGUCGACACUUUGCCUUGGGAAGAAGUGUGGAGGGCAAGGCUUGUGUGCAACUCAUUUGAUCAUGAGACUACGAGAAUUAUGGUCAAAAGUCCCCGGUUCGAAAUCGAAAGCUUGUGGUUCGGACCUGGGUUGAGCGAACAGGAACAGGACCGCCAGGAUACUCGCAUGUGGACUACCCUCCCCAUUCGCUUAAAGAGUCUCUAUCUCCAUCGAAAGAUUCAACAGCAUGAUCGCAACCCAUCUGUGUUCUCAGGCUUUGUGCGGGACAUCCUCAACCUCCCAAACGAACGGACAAGCGCUGAAACCCACGCCUUAACCGAUAAGCUGGUUGAUGCUUGGAUGUGUAGCAAAUUCCGACCAAUGCGACCCUUUGUUGAUUCUACCGAUUAUCAUGCCCACAUGGAAUGGGCCAUCAAUGACCUCCACGGAGGCGUUAUCGAAUGGGAGCCACUCGAGGAAACUCUCAAUCUGGCACUCGCAACAAGCGCCAUUCAUCGAAAUGAUUGUUCCGAGCUGCGCACUCUGCUAAGUCAAGGAGUCAAUUUAGCACAAGAGAGUGUGCGGUUUGGAAUCCUUCCACUCUCAGAGGCGGCCGAUGUUGGGUCUAAUGAGGUUACGGAGAUACUUGUGGCCAAUAACUACCCGGUGACCUAUGGCGGGACCACAGAGCUGUACCUUCCUUUCAAUGCGCUUUAUACACACAUGAUGCGGGGUAACAAGGAAGGGGUGAAGAUCUGGGGUGAUCAUCUCAGAAGGACAGGACAGGACAUCUCUGAAUACUUACACCCGUUGGACACCGUGGGAUUUUCAGACACGGAAAUGGUCUUGUUCAUUGAUGGAGAGUUUGGGGACGAGCUGGGCGGGCCUCUAUUCCGUCGCAAGUUGUUUGCAGCCGCCGUCUACAACAAAGAAGCGGAGACCAUGCAGGGUUUGUUCGCUCGGGGUGGAGUUGAUAUCAACAAAAUGGAGGGUGAGAAAAACGUAUCGCCGCUUGAUGCAGUACUGAAGCUCCGAUAG